UUGAUUUGAAAUAUCUGGCGAAUAUAGUUUCGCCGAAUCUACUCUUUCAUCUUGUUCCAGUGCCAGUGUUUGCGUGAAUGGGUGAUUUAAAAUCAGCAGUUUUUUUAAUUUUAGAUUUUAGUGCUUAGGUGUGGGUGAGAAGUUAGAGUUUGUGCUUCAUUUCAGAGUUCAUUGAACUCUCUCGAAUCAUCAACAUGAGGGAAAGAUUAAAGCAAAUUUUGGUGGUGUGCGGUUGCCUAAGUCUUACCUGGGCCAAACCAGAGCCUCAAAUGAUUAUUAACCCUGGUGUUCCACCGAAUCAGCAAUAUUUCGUUUGUCAGAUGUCCAAUGGAGUGACGAUCUCGGUCAAUCAAGUGUGUAAUGGUUAUCCGGAUUGUCCAUACAACGAGGAUGAAAGUAUUUGCUAUCAGAAUGGAAACAACGGUGGGUUCCCUGACUAUGGGUCCAAUUUUGUGGAACCACCCAAUAACAUGGCCCUCAUUCCGGAAGGAUUAGUCAAGUUGCCCGACCAUCUCCAACAAAAGCAAUACAGCUAUGGUUUUCCAGGGUCAAACGGCAUGAGUUAUCCGUCCACUAACAUGGACUACCCAUCAAGUAAUAUGGACUAUCCUUCAAGUAAUAUGGACUAUCCCAUGAUGACCAUGGAUUAUCCCUCCACCAAUAUGGGAUAUCCCUCAAUGUCCAUGUGCAACAGCCCGCCCCCUCAAACAGCGUGUUCCCUCCCAUGGACUAGACCCGCCGAGCGUUACUACUUCAACCCGCAAUCCUCAAGUUGUCAAUCCUUUCAAUCCUACUCUUCAUGUGGAGGUCCUUUCACUCCGAACCAGUUCAAUUCGGUCGAUGAAUGCAUGUCUUCCUGCUUAUCCAACUCGUAUCAACCAAUGCCCGAUUACAUGCAGCCAAACACUGAUCAAGGAUCCUUUGCUUGUCAGAAUGGACCCAUGAUUAGUCUCAGCCAGGUAUGCAAUGGUAUUCCUGAUUGCCCCUUUGGCGAGGAUGAAUCGAAUUGUGCUACGAAUCAAAUGAUGUACCAACCCACGGUCAACAUGAAUGGGAAUGAUAAUAUUAACAACAUCAACUUGGCCGUCCAACCGGUCAACCCUUCAUCUGUGAUUGUCCUCAUGGCCUCUAAUUUUGACAGUGCCAUUGCGGCUCAUCCUCGGAUCUUGGUCAAGUUCUACUCCAGCCAAUGCCAUACCUGUCAGGAGUUCUUGCCCAAGUACAAGGAUGCCGCCGAUACUGCGAAGAGAAUGAAUCUAGGCGUGACCUUUGCUCAAGUCGAUUGUGACGCGGAGCCGUUCCUCAAAGAGCGGUUUAACGUCAACAGCUACCCAAAAAUCCUCUUGUACGACUCAGCUUUUCCAAUGGGAAUGCCCAGGCAAUUCUAUAAGAGUUAUGGGUUGACCUCCAACCAGUUACUGACUUGGCUUCAAAAGCAAAUCAUGUCCACACAAGGGCCAAGUUUGACCAUCAUGCCUUGCCAGAUGGGUCAAUUUCAAUGCGGGAAUGGACGAUGUCUAGAGGAGCACUUGGUCUGUGAUGGAUUCCGCCAAUGUCCAGAUGGUUCGGACGAGCAAAUGUGCGCUCCCAAACCAAUUGAACCUCCCGCAAAGAUCCCAGAACCGCAAAAGCCGGAUGUAGUUGUCCCACAAGCCAACCAAGGCCAAGACCAGCAACAAGCAUGCGAUUUCCAAUGCCGAGAUGGAACUUGUCAGCCCAUGGCCCAUCGUUGUGAUGGGAAGAAGGACUGCUUGGAUGGAAUUGAUGAGGACAAUUGCAUACCCGUUGAAAAGCCCCCUUGUCAGCGAACGGAGUUUACCUGUCACGGCAAUGGAAAAUGUCUGGACUAUCUCAAGCGAUGUGAUGGCCAACAAGACUGCGAAGAUGGAUCUGACGAAUAUCUUUGUAAUGAGAUCCAAUGCGCCAAAACCGAAUUCAUCUGUGAGGAUCGGACGUGUAUCAAUUACGCUCUCCGAUGCGAUGGAAAUAUCGAUUGUCCAGAUCAGAGCGACGAAUAUCAAUGCCCACGUCGAUGUGACACCAACACCCAGUUCACUUGCAACAAUGGCCAAUGCAUUGAUAAGAAACUUCGUUGCGAUGGGGUGCCCAAUUGCCGUGAUUCAACGGAUGAGAUCUCUUGUGAAAGCAACAUUGUCUCUGGCCUAUGCGACGACGAAACCCAAUGGGAGUGCGCCAAUCAUCGACGAUGCAUCGAUAAACGAAGGCUCUGUGAUGGAUACUUUGACUGCGGGGAUAAUUCUGACGAGGACCAAGACAUGUGCCAAAAAAUGGAAUGUCAAGAGGAAUGGCAAUACCAAUGUUUGGACCGACAGCGUUGCAUCGACAAACGCAGACGUUGCGAUGGGUAUCAGGAUUGCUUGGAUGGGUCUGAUGAAGGCCAGUGCACCGAGGUCACAUGCGAUUACUGGCAAUUCAAAUGCAAUGUGAGUGCCCUAUGCAUAGAUAGCCGGCGUCGAUGCGAUGGGACCAAUGAUUGCGGUUCCAACGAGGAUGAAGAAUUUUGCGAUAGUGUCACUCCCAACCCAUAUAUGCCCGAGUACCUGCCAACUCCAACCCGUGCACCUGCACCCGCACCUUUGCCCACAACCCUAAUGCCAAUUGUGACAGUGCCUGUCCCAAACGAACGAGAUUGCCCUCAAUUCUGUUCUACUCUAAUGGAACCAGUCUGUGGAACUAAUGGACAAACCUACAACAACGAAUGCCUACUCAAAAUGGCCAAUUGCACUUCGGACCAGAGAAUUCAUAUAUACUCUUCAGAACCGUGUCCCGUGGCCCCGGCAGCCCCACCACCAACGUCACCACCCAAUUCAUUCGAGAGAUGCAAGGACGGAUGGAACUGCCGCAAUCUGGAUUGCAUCAACACUAAUCAAAUCUGUGACGGAAUAGCGGAUUGUGACGAAGGAGAGGAUGAGAAGUUCUGCCCCAGCCCCCCAGAUGAAGUGCCUGAAUACGCUGUGGAUCUCUACUUUCCGUGUUACGAUGGAUCUCAAUUCAGAGUGUCCCAACGCUGCGAUGGCAUGCCGGAUUGUCCGGAUGGCGAGGACGAAACCAAUUGUGAAAAUCAGUUCGAGAGUUCUCCUCAAGUUAAGCCGCCUCCAAUGUGUGAUCCCCUGGACGAGUUCACUUGCAAAGAUGGAACUUGCCGUCCAAAGGACAUCCGUUGUGAUGGAAUGGUCGAUUGUGAAGAUGAGUCUGACGAGUUCGAUUGUCCCAUGGAUGCCACUACCCUGGAACCAACCGAGUCGGGAACCACCACUGACCCUUUUGCCGAAGAAGACGAGUCUGUCAACUGGUUUGGCGAAGACCCAGAUUUCAUUGUCGAGGAAGAAGAAACCACCACCGCCAUCACUCCGACUGACACAUCUCUUCUUGGUAGUAAUGAUCUUCAAUACAACGACACUGCAACAGUAACGACUAGUGUUCCGGACACUAUUCCAGCCGUCCCAUCUGAAACGACUGUUCUCUAUGAGACUGCAACUACCAUGGAACCCAUUAAGGAGGAAGAGGAGGCCGCCACCACCACAGAGGGACCCUUCUCAGAGUUGGACUUCGAUCUGGAUGAUGAGGAUGAGUGGUUUAGCCGUCGAUAAUUCGUCGCAAUGUGCAUUCGAUCUAAAUAUUAGAAUGAUUUUUACAUGGCAGUGUAUUUUCUUCUUCAAGUUUCUUGCUAAUCUUUUUGGAUUGAUGUGUCAUAAUUGAAAGUUGGUUUUGAAAUAAACGGUUGAAUGAAAACGA